AUGGAGAAAGCGAAGGCAGCCGUUUCCGACUUCAUGUCCAAGUCUGGCCACCAUGACACCACCGUUCACGAGAGGGUCAAUCCUGCCGUCAAGCACGAGACAGUCAAGCCUUCCAAGCACGAGAACGUCACCACCGCCAUCGACAAGGAAAUCCACCAAGACCACUAUCACACUGCUGUCCAGCCCGUUCAGGAUCGCGAGGUGCUUCCUGAGCAGCAUCACCACAAUCUCGCUGGUGUUGAGCACCGGCAGUUCGACCACGGCAACGAGCGCGAGGUGGAGCAGCGUCUGAAGCAGGAGGCCGCGCAGUUCAAGGAUGAAUCGGUCCGGCAUGAUGAGCACCACACCCGCUCCGCCGCGCCACAAGUCGCGGGCGAGCACGUCCACCACCACGUGCAUGAGACGAUCCAGCCCGUGGUGCAGAAGGAAACCAUCGAACCCCACGUAGUCCACACCACCGUCCCUAUCCACGAAGUCCACCACAACGCGGCCCAACACCACUCGACCUCUGCGCUCCCCGCCGUCAGCAUGGAUGACUUCCGUCGUCAGGGUGGUGUGCUGACCGGCCGCGAGGAGCGUUAUGACGGCUUCGAGGGUGAGCCGCGCAACAUUGGUGGCGCUGGUAGCAAUAUUGGCGGCACGCACGGUGUCGGCCGCCACGAGCACGGCACCCGCGGCGAGACCGGUGCACUCCGCGGCGAGCACAGCAUCGCCGGCGACCACGGCCGCGGCACCACCGGCUCCGGCCUGCCCGUCCCGACGUCGACCUCCGCCUACCACGGCGGUCGUCACGGCGAGCACGGCAGCAGCGGCGGCGCCCUCGGCACCGGCACCGUCGCCGGCGCCACCGCCGCUGCAACCCAGCACCACCAGCACAACAAGGAGCGCGAGUCCGGCGUCGGCGGCACGCACUUCGACCGCGACACCACGUCCUCCACCACCACCGGCGGUCGCGGUGUCGGCGGCGCCGUCGAGAAAGGUCUCGAGCGCGAGCGCGAGCGCGAGCGCGGCACUGGCGUGUCUCCCACCACUGGCUCGACUGGCGCCACCGGCACAUCGGGCGCCGCUACCACCGGCCGCACGCCGCAGCACAGCACCGGUGCUGGCAGGGGCGCUGGUGGUGGUGGCCUGACUGGCAGUGGCGUCGGUAGCGGUGUUGGCAGUGGCCGUCGUGACGAAUAUGGCGCGGUGCCGGCGGAGCGGACGAACACGGAGAGCAGCACGGCGAGCAAGCCCAGUUUGCUGGAUCGGCUGAACCCGCUGAAGGAUACGGAUGGCGAUGGAAAGAAGGGUAUCAUGGACUAA